AUGGGUCUUUGUCAGCGAUUAUGUGCUCCGUUAUCCGCAGCUACAGUACCGAAGUGUACGGUAGCGCGCGAGAUCAUCCUCUCCUCGUCCGCCACGAUCUCUCGUCAUGGAUUGCUGAGAUUCUCUGGUUGUCUCCAGCCAAUGCGUGCUUUCUCGUCACCGGCGAUCUUCGCUCACCGACUUGGCUACCGACUGUUGCGAUUCGGUCGACUAAUGACUGCGCACAUGCUUUCAAAUCGUCCUGGAACAGCUGUCGGUGCUUGA